AUGCCUGCCGCAUCUGAAUCCUCAAUGGAAACGUUGGAGAUUCACUCAAAAGAUUUCUUGAUCAAGUGGAUCAGUGCUCCAGAAAACUCCACCAUAGAUUGGCAAGUGAAACCAUUGAAAAAAUCCAUCAAUUUCUCAUUUUACCAACGGAAGGACGACAAUUCUUCAUCCCAAUCCUCUUUUGAUGUAUCGGAAAAGAGUACACCUUCCAGUGAUUUACCACCACCUCAAAUAAGAACUAGAACAGGGUCAACAGCAUCAGUAAAUCAGUUUAAAAAGUCGAAUGAUGUGUACAAGUCAAAAUCAAGAACCUCCACUUUGUCUUCAAUUGGCCAAUCUGACUUAUCUUUAGUCAAGAAUUACAACAAAUUGAUUGCCAAUGAGCUAGUUCAUGGGAAAUUUCACACCGAAACAGGAGGAAUGUUUGCAUUUGUUUUUGACAACUCAUUUUCCAAGACUAUUGCCAAAUCAGUUGAGUUUUAUGCACAUGUUGUGGCUACUGACUUGCCACAAGAAGAAAAAAUUGAGCACAAUGACCAGCAUGUGUUUGACGACAAUGCAGACAACUCUCUUGCUGGGGAGGUUUUGCAAAGUGUCAUGAUGAAAAAGAGAAGAAAGAAGUUGCAAGGGUUUGUCAAGCGUUAUUUUGUCUUGAACUUGAAGAGAGGGUCUUUGUCCUAUUUCAAAGUUGACGAUAACAAAUUGAGGGGUCAAAUGCCUGUUAAAGAAGCAAUCAUAUCUGCAAACCCUUCUAAUCGACAAUUUAUUAUCGACUCCGGUAUGGAGGUGUGGCACUUGAAAGCAGUAAACCAAGCAGAUUUCAAAGCUUGGGUCAACGCAUUCAACGCAAUCAAGAAACAAGAAGGGCCAAGUGCAGUGACGACUACUUCAAAAUCUCCUACACCAAAGUCACCUACCGAACUAAACUUGAUUUUACAAAAAUUGGACAAAUUGAAACUCGAAAAUCCAUCACCUUUGGUGGCGGAGAUUUACCAAGAUGUUUUGAAUUUGAGCAAUAGAAGAGGCGGAGAAGUACACGACGGUCCAGGUCCUAAUGGUGACUUGCAAUCGGUUCACACAUCAGAGUUUUAUGAUGCAGAUGAAGAAUUUGAUGAUGACGGAGUUCAAUUCCUUGACAAUGAAGAAUAUGCACCACAGCAAGAAGACGAAGAUUUGGAAGUGGAUGAAAGCUCAUCGGAAGAAGAAGAGGAUUAUGAUGAUCAAUAUCUCAACAGAAGACAUUCUCGCUUAAGUGAAACUGCAACAGGAGCAGCAGGAGCAGCAGGAGCUGCAGGAGCUGCUGCAAUUGACCAGACUCGGAACCAAUACAAUACAGAUAACAAACAAGACAUACCUUUUCCAACAGUUGGUGGCGAAAAUGACUUGUAUCCAUUACCUCACGAACCUGUUGCGCGUGAUUAUGAUAUCCCUGCUUGUAAGCACUCGCCACCAUCGCUUCUCAGUUUUGUUCGUAAAAAUGUUGGUAAAGAUUUGUCAACCAUUGCUAUGCCUGUAACGUACAACGAACCCACCACUGUGCUUCAAAAGUUUGCUGAAAUGCUUGAAUAUCCUCAAAUUGUCACCAAUGCGGUUGAAUCAGAAUUUGAAGGCGACAAUGGAGAAAAAAUCUUGAGAAUUGCUGCAUUUGCAUUGAGUUCGCUCUCUUCACAAAGAGCCAAAGAGAGAAACAAGAGGAAACCAUUCACACCAUUAUUGGGAGAGACUUAUGAAUUGGUGAGAGAAGAUUUAGGCUUCAGAUUAGUUUCCGAAAAGGUCAGUCAUAGACCUCCUGUCUUUGCCUUCCAUGUCGACACCGAGAACUGGACCAUGGACUUUGCCUUAUCGCCAACUCAAAAGUUCUGGGGUAAGCAAUCUGAAGUAACCACAAAGGGGUUAGUGGUGUUGACUGACAAGUUAAGUGGUGAAAAGUUUACUUGGAACCAACCAACAACAAUGAUCAAGAACAUUAUAGCGGGAGAAACGUACGCUGAGCCAAAUGGAACAAUCACCAUCAAGUCUUCGAAAGGAUACAAGGCGGUUGCCGAAUUUGCUAAAGGUGGAAUGUGGAGCGGAAGAUCCGAGGAUGUUGAAGUCAAGGCAUUUGACAAGUCCAAAAAGGAGUUGCCAUACACCGUGUCUGGAAAAUGGACAGAGCAAUUCAUUCUCAAGACAAAGUCAACUGAAAAGAGUAUAUGGCAAGCUGGUGAAUUGUUACCCAAUUAUCAGAAAAAGUAUGGUUUCACCACCUUUGCAGGAACUUUGAACAAGAUCACCGAGAUUGAACAAGGAUUCAUUCCACCUACUGAUUCAAGAUUCAGACCAGACUUACAAGCAUACGAAAAAGGCGACGCCGAUAAAGCUGAAGAGUUGAAGAAUAAGCUUGAACAAGAUCAACGUGUAAGAAGAAAACAAAUGGAAGAGAGCGGCACAGAACAUGUACCUCAAUUUUUCCGUUUUGUUGGUGAUAAAGGCGAACCUGCCGAUGAAGGUGCUUGGGAACUCAUCACUGGGGAAAAGAGUUAUUGGAACAGGAGAAAGAAUCAAGAUUGGCAAGGGUUGGUCCAAUUGUGGUGA